AUGCCAGCAAGUACCGCUGAGCACAACUACAAUGUUGUUGACGAGCCAGUAACAUCGGUGCUGCCCGAUGACACUCUGUAUCACCUCGGCCAAGAUUUCAGUGCCGAUGAUGAGGUUCUCGCAGCAUUAGGAUACAAAGCAGAGUUCAAGCGCGAGUUUUCGCUAUUCACAACAUUCUGUGUUUCCUUUGCUGUGCUGGGAUUGUUGCCAUCUUUUGCUUCGACGCUGUACUAUGGCAUGGGCUAUGCGGGCACAGCUGGGAUGGUCUGGGGAUGGCCGAUCGCGCUUAUCGGAAUACAAUGCGUGGCCAUGAGUAUGGCGGAGCUAUGUAGUUCCAUGCCAACUAGUGGAGGAUUGUACUAUGCGGCGGCAGUACUGGCACCACCUGGUUGGGGCCCAUUCGCAGCAUGGAUUACCGGGUGGUCGAACUGGCUUGCACAGGUAACUGCAGCUCCUUCAGUCAAUUACGGCGUCGCUGCAAUGAUUCUGGCAGCGGCAUCGAUCCAAGACCCGUCAUACGUCCCGACCGAUUACCAGACCUUCCUUUUGACGGUUUUCAUCAUGUUGAUACACGGGGUCAUGUCUUCAUUGCCCACGAAAUGGUUGGCCCAACUGAACUCAGCAGGAUCAACGUUCAAUUUCAUCGCCCUUAUCAUAGUUCUGAUAUUGAUACCAGCUGGCACUGACCGGGAAAGCCGCGGCCUCCCUAAAUUCACAUCUUCCAGCAAAGUUUGGGGCGAUAUUUACGAGGGAACGGCCUACCCACCUGGCAUAUCCGUGCUUAUGAGUUUCAUCUCCGUCAUCUGGACGAUGUCGGGUUAUGAUAGUGCCUUCCAUCUUGCUGAAGAAUGCUCAAAUGCGAACAUGGCAUCCCCACGAGCGAUUGUCAUGACAUCCAGCGUCGGGGGCUUGUUCGGUUGGUUUCUGCAGAUCGUAGUCGCUUACACUGUCGUUGAUAUCGAUGCGGUCUUGAAUUCCGAGCUCGGCCAGCCGUUUGCUGCUUAUCUUAUGCAAUGCCUACCACAGAAGAUCACUAUGGCGAUCUUGUCGCUCACCAUCAUCGCAGGCUUUGCGAUGGGACAAGGCUGCAUGAUUGCAGCAUCAAGGGUAACGUUUGCAUACGCAAGAGACGACUGCUUUCCUCUUUCCGAGCAUUGGAAAAAGGUCAAUCAAUUAACGAAGACACCCGUGAACGCGGUGUGGUUCAAUUGUGUUAUUGGGAUACUGCUCUUGUUGAUGAUAUUUGGUGGCGAACUUGUCAUUGGAGCUCUUUUCUCCAUCGGAGCCAUUGCAGCAUUUGUUGCUUUUACAAUCCCAGUCUUCAUACGGGUGUUCUUUGUUGGCAGUAGAUUUCGGGCUGGGCCUUGGAAUCUUGGAAGAUACUCGUUUGCGGUGGGAACGAUUGCGUCCGGCUUCGUGUUGCUUAUGGUGCCAAUUCUAUGUUUGCCCAGUGUGACUGGUGCCGAACUGAGGUCAGUAAUAUACCCUAGCCUGGAUUUGAUGAAUUGGACCUGCCUGGUAUACGGUGGCCCAAUGCUAGCAGUAAUCAUAUGGUGGAUUGUGUCUGCUCGAAAGUGGUUCAAGGGACCAAGAGUGAACAUCGAACACUUGAUGAUUGGGCGCGAAGUUGAACCGGAUAGAGCUGGAUCACAAGGAACGGAUGCCGGCGAUAAGAAGCUAGAUUCUUAG